AUGAGAAUCUUCUCAGCUUUCAGCGCCAUCUCGGCCAUAUCAUCGUAUGCAUCAUUUGCUCUGGCGCAGUCAAGCCCAGACCCAGUUGGCACGAUCUAUGAUGGCGAUGUGCCGGACAAUCUCUACGGAUCCGAUUACCCCUACCCAUGGCCCGUGAAGCUGUACAACUUUUACAAUCAGCGUCAAAACCUGACCAUGGCAUUCAUGGAUGUUCCUGCGCCGUGUGAACAUGACAAAAACAAGGUCGCUGUGCUGCUUCAUGGUGGAAAUUUCUGCAGUGUGACUUGGUCAGACACUGCACGUCGAUUGACGGCUGCUGGGUACCGAGUGAUCAUGCCGGAUGACAUUGGCUUUUGCAAGUCGAGCAAGCCUCAGGGCUACUCCUACAACGUGCAUCAGCAAGCGGAGAACAUCAAGAGCCUGCUCAAUGUACUUGGCAUUGAGAAAGCCACCGUCAUGGGGCAUUCAAUGGGCGGUAUGAUCGCCACCCGCUUCGGGCUCAUGUAUCCCGACAAUGUUGAUCAGCUUUUCCUCGUCGAUCCCUUGGGUCUGGAGGACUGGGUUGCCAAGGGCGUCCCAUACGUGCCCGUAGAUGCGACCUACCAGGGCCAACUGACACAAAACUUCACAACGCUCAAGGCGUAUGAGCAGGCCAGCUAUUUCCACGGUGCUGAGUGGAAGCCCCAGUACGAUAAGUGGGUUCAGAUGCUGGCCAACAUCUAUGCGGGAGAUUAUGGUUCAGACUAUGCGUACGUGAUGGGUCUCGUCACCGACGCCUUGCUCAGCCAGCCGAUUUUCUACCAUCUCCCCCUGCUCAAGACCCGAACCUAUCUUAUGGUCGGAGAGGCCGAUGUGACUGCCCUUGGAAAGCAGCAAUCGCCCCCCGAGGUUGUCGCCAAACUAGGUCAUUAUGCUGAGCUGGGGCCUGCAGCGGCUGCGAUGAUUCCCAACUGCACGUUCCACAUGUUUCCUGGGCUAGGUCACGCGCCUUUCCUCCAGGAUCCAGAAGCCUUCUACAAGGUCCUUCUUUCGUGGCUUGAUUAG